UACUAGCAUAGCAAGAAGUAAAAAAGAAAUAGAAAUAAUUAUCGAUAUAGCAAAGGAGUUCUUUAAAAUAAAUAAUAUAGAAAUCAAUACAAAGAAAUCUGAACUGUUAAUAAUAUAUCUUAAGAACAAAGAGGAUGCAGACAAAGGUUUAAAAUUUGGGCUAAAAGAAAAAAUAGUCCCAAGAAAAAGACCAGAAGAGCUAUCAAGAUAUCUGGAAAUAUAG